CAGACACUCAUUCACUCACUGGUCAAAGGUGCGCUGGGAGGUGUCUUUUAGCUUCUCUCUCUGGUCUCUCGUUUUCUUGCUCUCGUAUUCCCCCUCAACCUCUCUGCACCAGUCCCUCUGUCCCUGCUUCUCUCUCUCUCUCUCUGUGCCUUCUCCUUUUCAACACGGUGUUGGGGGUAAUUUCUCAGACAUCUUGGCCGUCUUACAGUGGAGGCUGUGAAAGUGGGCAGCGGGGAGCCUGGUGCCUGGGAAUAUGCACCACUCCACACUCGGGGUCUUGUUGUUGGCCGUGUGUCUGAAUGCAGCCAGCGGCCAUGUCGGCAAAAGUAGGAGGCAGAGCCCAUACGAUGGAGGUACCCAGAAUCAGAAUUAUUGUGUAGACAAUGGGAAGAUUUACCACGUCAACCAGCAAUGGGAGCGUACUUACAUGGGCCGUGUCAUGAUCUGUACCUGUUAUGGGGCAGGGCAAGGUUGGAAUUGUGAAUCGAAGCCUGAUGUUGAGGAGAUGUGCUACGACCAGUACACUGGGACCAGGCAACGUGUUGGUGAUACCUGGGAGCGGCCAAAGGAUGGCAUGAUUUGGGACUGUACCUGCAUCGGAGCUGGCAGGGGGAGGAUCAGCUGUACCAUUGCAAACCGCUGCCAUGAGGGUGGUCAGUCCUAUAAGAUCGGUGAUACCUGGCGAAGACCUCACGAGACCGGUGGCCACAUGUUGGAGUGUGUUUGCCUUGGAAACGGGAAAGGCGAAUGGACCUGCAAGCCAAUAGCGGAGAGGUGCUAUGACAAUGUGGCAGGUACCACCCAUGUUGUUGGGGAGACCUGGGAAAGACCAUACCAGGGCUGGAUGAUGAUGGAGUGCACGUGUCUGGGAGAAGGCAGUGGCCGGAUCACCUGCAGUUCAAGGAACCGAUGCAAUGACCAGGAUACUCAAAAGUCCUAUAGAAUCGGAGAUACCUGGUCAAAGAUCGACAGCCGGGGCCACCGUCUUCACUGCACCUGUAAAGGCAAAGGGCGUGGAGUGUGGGAAUGUGAGCGACAUACUUCUUUGGUGUCUGGUCCCGGAUCCAGCACUCACCUACAGAAUCAAGUGCAGCCCGCGAUUUACCAGCCACAACCUCAGUGUGUCAGUGAUGGAGGUAUUUCGUACAGCGAUGGAAUGCAAUGGCUUAAGAAGCAGGAGAAUGCACGCAUGUUGUGUACCUGUCUGGGUAAUGGUGUGAGCUGUCGCGAUUUGCCAUCUCAGACAUAUGGAGGUAACUCAAACGGAAAACCCUGCAUGUUUCCCUUCACCUUUAUGGGCAAGACUUACACAUCCUGCACGAAUGAAGGACGCAGUGACGAUAAAUUCUGGUGCAGUACAACCAAAGACUUUGACGCCGAUCGCAGUUACUCGUUCUGCAACCAGCAUGCUACCACUUACAUUCAGAGCCGAGGAGGGAACUCCAAUGGGGCGCUGUGUCACUUCCCUUACCUGUACAACAUGCGGAACUAUACUGAGUGCACUUCCGAUGGAAGAAGAGAUAGCAUGAAAUGGUGUGGAACAACUGCAAACUAUGAUGCCGACAGGAAGUUUGGCUUCUGUCCAAUGGCAGAAAAUGAAGAGAUUUGCACCAAUUCGGACGGGGUUAUGUAUCACAUUGGUGACCAGUGGGACAAGAUGCAUGAGCAGGGUUACAUGAUGAGGUGCACCUGUCACGGCAAUGGCCGCGGUGAAUGGGCUUGCAUUGCACAUGCUCACUUGCGAGAUCAGUGCAUGGUGGACGACAUUACAUAUGAAGUGGGCCAGACCUUCUAUAAACAGCACGAAGAGGGUCACAGCAUGAACUGCACUUGCUACGGCCAGGGCCGGGGGCGAUGGAGGUGUGAUGCCCUUGAUCAGUGCCAGGACACGGACACGCAACGGUUUUACCAGAUCGGCGAGAACUUCCGCAAGUACCUGAAUGGAAUCCAGUACCAGUGCCACUGCUACGGCCGGGGAAUCGGGGAAUGGUCCUGUCAGCCACUGACAGCCUUAUCAGGAUCUGAACCUAUCAAAGUAAUGAUCACGGAGGUUGGGAACCAGACGGACUCGCAUCCCAUCCUGUGGAACAAGCCGGAAACGUUCCAUGUCACCCAGUACACACUGAAAUGGAAGCCUAAAAACUCCCGGGAGCGAUGGAGAGAGGUGACCAUUCCAGGCAACAUGUACUCCUACACCAUCCGGGAUCUGAAACCGGGUCUCACCUACGAGGGAGAGCUGAUCGGCAGGGUGUGGAAUGGCCGCUCAAUGGUCACCAACUUUGAGUUCACCACCUCCUACAUGACACGGUCUCCAACUGAGGGUGAGACACCACUGCUGCCUGAGGAAGACAUCAUCAGGGAGUCCUCGACAACAGAAUCCAUCACCGAGAUCACCUCCAGCAGCUUUGUGGUCUCCUGGGUAUCUGCCUCCGACACGGUCUCUGGGUUCCGCAUCAAGUAUGAGCUUAGUGAAGAUCAGGCCCAGCCUCAGUACCUUGAUGUUCCAAACACAGCCACAUCUGUUUCCAUUCCUAAUCUGCUGCCUGGCCGCAAGUACAUCGUGAAUGUUUACGAAGUCUCAGAAGAUGGAGAGAAGCUGAUCCUAACCAGGACGCCCACGACAGCUCCUGACAGUCCCACUGAGUACACCGUCGAUCACGUCGAUGAGACCUCCAUCACCAUUGAAUGGUCCAAGCCUCAGGCCCCAAUCACAGGUUACCGUGUGGUGUACACGCCGUCGGUGGAAGGAGCCAGCACUGAGAUCAUUCUGCCCAGCACCGCAACCCAACUGACCCUGACUGACCUGCUGCCUGGCAUCCAGUACAACAUCAGCAUCUACUCCGUGGAGGAGAGUCAGGAAAGCGUCCCGCUGGUCAUCCAGCAGACCACCGAUGGCGUCCCUCAAGCAGUGGUGUUGGAACCCCCGACCAACCUGCAGUUCAACGGUGUGACAGAGAACAAGAUCACCGUCAUGUGGACCCCCCCUCGCGCCGUGAUCAUUGGUUACCGUGUCACCAUGCUGCCGUUGGACCGCCCUGACCGCCAAAGCACCGAGCUGCGCCCAUCCACCAACUCUGCCCAGUUCACCAGCUUGCUGCCCGGCACCACCUACCUCUUCUCCGUCUACGCCGUGAACAAUGAGGUUGAGAGCCAGCCUCUGGUUGGACAGCAGACCACCAAGCUCGACGCUCCCACCAACCUCCGGUUCCGAGACAUCACCAAGAACUCGGUGCUGGUGACCUGGACUCCACCUCGGGCCCGGAUAACCGCUUACGUGCUGACCUGGGCCCUGACCACUGACGAGCACGUCAAGACUAUCCAGCUGGAGCCCAAUUUUACCAGGUACCGGCUGCACCGGCUGCUGCCAGGAUCCGAGUACGUUGUCAGCCUCACCGCGAAGCAAGGCAACCUGACCAGCCAGAGAGUCCACAACAUUCUGACAACCCGGGAGACCGUAGGCCCAGUGCCAAACUUCAACACAGAGGUGACGGACACAGCUAUCAUCAUCACAUGGACACCCAUGCCCAGGAUAUCAUUCCGGGUGGGAGUCCGACCCAGCCAAGGUGGAGAAACCCCUCAGGAAGUGACCAGUAACUCCGGGAGCAUCAUCAUCUCCAGCCUGACACCGGGUACCGAGUAUACCAUCUCCAUCACCGUGAUAGCAGACGACCAAGUACAGGACAUCCCCAUCACCAAGACUGUCGUCACUGAGUUGGCUCCGCCCACUGACCUACAGGUCUACCCUGAUCCCACCACUGGAGAUCUUGUUGUGACCUGGCGAGAAGGACCAUCAACAGAUAUCACCGGCUACCAUGUGACCUGUGUCCCAAAACCGGGCCAACAGGGCAACCUUCUGGAGGAAUUUGUUGAAGCUGGACAGACCUCGUGGAUUCCCGAGAACCUGACUCCUGGCAUUGAAUACAAUGUCAGUGUCUAUACUGUCAAGGACAACAAGAAAAGCCAGCCUGUGUCCACGGUGAUAACCCAAGAAAUCCCCCAACUCACUGACCUGACCUUCGUUGACGUAAGUGACACGAGCAUUGGCCUGCAAUGGACGCCGCUAAACUAUUCGGCCAUCACUGGCUACCGCAUCACUGUCAUAGCGGCGGGGGAGUCGGUUCCCAUUCUCGAAGACUUUGUCAGCUCGUCGACGGGAUACUAUACUGUGCAAGGCCUGGAGCCCGGGAUAGAUUACGACAUCAGUGUUAUCACCCUGAUAGAGGGUGGCACUAGUGUCACCACUACUCGCAAGCAGCAAACUGCGGUACCAACCCCCACCAACCUGCGCUUCACCCACGUGGGGGCAGAUACUAUGAGAAUCAGCUGGUCACCCCCUCCCUCCAUCGACCUCAGCAACUUCCUGGUGCGCUACAGACCUGUAGGGGAUGAAGAGGGGUCAACUGAUCUGACCAUCACCCCUUCGAACAGCAUGGUAGUACUGACAGGUCUCCAGCCUGGCACAGAAUACCUGGUGCAGGUGUACUCUGUGAUCGACGAGAGAGAGAGCGCUCCGCUGAGUGGCACUCAGCGAACAGGUAUCGAUUCCCCGACUGGCAUCGACUUCUCCAACGUGGCGACCACCUCCUUCACUGUGCACUGGCUGCCCCCCAAAGCCCGCGUCACUGGCUACCGGGUGCGGCACUACCUGGAAAGCGGCGCCAGGCCGAGGGACGAGCGGGUACCGGCCUCCCGCACCUCUCUGCAGCUCACCAACCUGGUGCCGGGCUCGGAGUAUGUCGUCAGCAUCUACGCCUUCAACGGCAGGCGGGAGAGCUUGCCCUUGGUUGGACACCAGUCCACAAUCUCGGAUUCUCCGACUGACCUGGAAUUCACCCGUUCCACGCCUACAAGCCUGACCAUCAGCUGGAAACCACCACCCGCGUUUGUUAAAGGCUACCGCAUCGCUUAUGGAGAGUCAGGAGGCCACGGACAUGUGAAAGAGAUUACCAUACCGGGCUCUGAAUCCACUGCUACCAUCGAAGGCCUGCGCCCGGGCACUGAGUACACGGUGACCGUCUAUGCCAUAACUGGCCGUGGAGACAGCCCGGCGACCAGCAAGCCAGUUGUGGGCACUGAGAAGACAGAGAUUGACACGCCGACUUCGUUGAAGGUGAAGGAAGUGCAUGACAACAGUCUGACCAUCAGCUGGAAGCCUCCUGUCGCCCCGGUGACCGGUUACAAGGUCACCAGUGUCCCGAAGGAUGGCGUCGGCCCAGUGAUAACUCGCACUGUCCCGGCAGGUCAGACUCAGCUAACCAUCGAGGGCCUAAUGCCAACAGUGGAGUAUAUGGUCAGUGUAUACGCCCUGGGAGAACAUGGAGAGAGUGCCCCGCUCACCGAAACAGCAGCCACCACCAUCGACCGCCCGAAGGAGCUCACCUUCACCGAUGUUGACGUGGACUCGAUCGGCUUGGCGUGGGAGAGCCCCGAGGGUCAGGUCACGGCCUACAGAGUGAUCUACUCCAGCCCCGAGGAUGGGGUCCGGGAGCUGCUUCCCAGCCCUCACCCCGAGGAUGAUACCGCCGAGCUGGUCGGCCUGAGGCCUGGCACCGAGUACACGGUGCAGGUGUAUGCCUUGUAUGACAACCAGGAGAGCAUUCCUCUGACAGGCACCCAGACCACAGCCAUUCCACCUCCAACCAAUCUGGAAUUCGUUCAAGUGACUCCGACAAGCAUGACCAUCGCCUGGCACGCGCCUGAUGCUGAUGUGACCCGUUACCGGGUGGUGGUGAAACCCAGGGAGAAAGCAGGGCCUAGUAAGGAGCUGACUCUCGGCCCAGAUAACACCAGCGCCACCGUUUCUGGACUCAUGGUCGCAACCAAGUACAACAUCUUUGUGUACGCCAUCAAGGAUGCCUUGACCAGCCAGCCUUUGCAAGGCAUCAAAGCAACACUGGAUGAUGUUGGCUCGCCCCGGAAGAUCCAAGUCAGCGGGGUGACGGAGACCAGCAUCACCCUGCAGUGGCGCAUCAAGGCCAGGACUGUGUCCGGCUUCCAGAUCGAUGCCGUCCCCACCGGCCAGCAGAGCCCAGUGCAGAGGACCGUGGGGCCCAACCAGCGCUCCUACACCAUCACAGGCCUCCAGCCCGGCACUGAGUAUAGCAUUAACAUCUACACACUGAGUGGCGACUCUCGCAGUCCCCCCUCCACAGUCAUCGCUCGGACUGCUAUCGACUCUCCAUCCAACCUGCGGUUCAUCUCCACCACUGCCGACAGCAUCGUGUUCACAUGGCAGCAGCCACGCGCCCACAUCACUGGCUACAUCGUCACCUACCACGCCAAGGGGCGGCCCUCGGUGGAGCUCCGCCCACGGCCACCGGCCACCUCCAACGAAGCGAUGAUCACAGGUCUGCAGCCUGGAACUGAGUACACCAUCAACAUCCGAGCUGUUCAGAAUUCUCUGCAGAGUGAGCCACUGAGUGGGAAGAAGGUCACAGGGCUGGAUGACAGGGGUCAGAGGCCACUGGUCGACAGAGACGGCAAGGACGGCCAGCCCGAUGACCAGUCCUCGCAGCCGCGGCCUUCCAGACCAGUCAGGCCAGAGGACGACAGGAAGAAGACCACGCCCCCAGGCCGUGGCACCGAGGGUCCCCACAGCCAGCGCCCCAUCUUCCCCAUCCACUCGCACGGGGUGGAGGAGAUGGAGGUCGACUUGCCCAAUGGGCACGGUGGCCAACCUGACACCCAGGCGCCUGGCCAAGAGACGCGACAGCCCAAGACCAUCGUCUCCUGGCAACCCAGCACCAUCGCCUUGGAGUACCUGGUCACGUGCUACCCCGUGGGACAGAAGGAGAACGCUUUCCAGCUUCGGGUUCCGGGCACCUCCACGUACGCCGUGCUGCCCAACCUGGUGUUAGGGACACGGUACAACAUCCUGGUCGAGGCUCUGGAUGGGCAGGGGAAGCACAAAGUCCUGGAGGACAUCAUCACAGUCGGACAUCCCUCUCCCGACCACGGCACCCAGCUCAUCCCUGAUGAAUCUUGCUUUGACACAGCCACAAACUCCCACUAUGCCAUCGGCCAGGAGUGGGAGCGAAUGUCUGAGACUGGUUUCAAACUCUGGUGUAAAUGCUUAGGCUAUGGAAGUGGUCAUAUCAGGUGUGACUCAACUAAAUGGUGCCACGAUAAUGGCAUGAACUACAGAGUCGGCGAGAAAUGGAACCGUCGCAGCGACAACGGCCAGGUGCUCAGCUGCACUUGCCUGGGCAACGGAAAGGGCGAGUUUAAAUGUGAACCACACGAAGCCUCUUGCUACGAUGAGGGAAACAUGUACAAUGUAGGGGAACAGUGGCAGAAGGAGUAUCUCGGUGCUAUCUGUACCUGUACUUGCUUAGGAGGACAACAGGGUUGGCGUUGCAGCAACUGCCACAGGCCUGGUUUCGACCCGCUGAUAGAGGGAACCAGCUCCCAUUCGUCUGAGUCAUCAUUGUCCCAACACACGCUGACGAGAUACGGAUCAAGAUACAUACACUGCCCGGUGGAAUGCAGGAGCCAGGGAAGUUUGCUGGCUGACUCUGAGCAGUUGGAGUAAGGCGAGAGACAGCGAGAGCAGAGCUGCAGGCAACGGCUGCUUGGAAUAGCAAACGGGAGCUUCCGGGAUAGUGCGUGCUUAGCAUGUCCGAAUAAUUCUUCCAGCUUCAGCACCACUGUCUCUUUUCUCUCUCUCUCUCUCUCUCUCUCUCUCUCUGUCUCACACACACACACACACUGACCCCUGCCUCCCUCUCCUCCAGCUCCUAUCACAGCCUCACCUGCAAAGGGAGUGUCUGCCAUGGAAAAAGUCGAAGGCAAUCGAAAGACAUUUUCCAUUUUUGUUUGAAAGAAAAAGAUAUGGAGAGAAUCCACCUGGGUUGGCUUCGGUGCUCGUCACCAUGGAGUCCAGCCCAUUAACACCACCGCACCCUCUAGCGUAAGCACCAAGUCCCACCUUCGUCCCCACCCCUUGAUCCUAAUCUACAUCAUGAAAGGAUGAAAUGAAUGACACCGCUACUCAGUUAAUUAAAAAAAAAGCACGUCCUUCUAUUCCACAAAUGCUGCAGGACUCUCUCCCCAAGUGUCUUAAUGAUCACACACUGUUGUAAUUGUCUUAACUGUAAUGAGCUGUUAUUUAUCAAAACCUUCCUCCCCCCUCCCCAUGCAGUGUUUAUUCUAUUGUAAACCUUUUAUACUGUUAACAUAAAUGAAGUUGGGCACUGCUGCGACACUUGUGUUGCUCGAUGUUUAACGGUGUAUUUUGCCGUGAUCAGUGUUUAUAGAUGCCAGUGCUUUUUCUAACCUACGGACAGAAAAUCCUCGUUUCAAUAAAACUUUUACGAAAAAAAGAA